AUGAUAGAUUUGUUCGAUCUUACUCCAAGGUAAGGCAACUGCAAAGUGCAAUCAAAAGCAAAUUGUCUAAGACAAUCCAUCAUUUUAUCAUGACCUAGCUGUGAUCUCCAAGUGCUAACGAAGCAAAUCGCAUCCACCGAACCGCUCAUUACGCAGGAAGUGUUCCCCCAGGUUACGGAAAUACUGGAAAAGCUGCAAAAGAAGCUCAAAGAACCGGUGAAGACAAAGUUUUAUCUAUUCAAAACACUGCAAACUCACAUACUACCGCUAACGAACGUGUGUUUUGACAAGUCCGGCAAGAAAUGCAUUACCGGUUCGUACGAUCGUACCUGUCGCAUAUGGAACGUGGAAAGCGGUGACGAAGAGAAGGUACUGAAAGGACACGAAAAUGUCGUCUUUUCUGUGGCCUACAACUAUCCUAGAUGCGACCGAAUUCUUACAGGGUCCUUUGACAAAACUGCCAAGAUAUGGAAUCCCGUCUCGGGCAACUGUAUCAACACACUCUGGGGCCAUACGGCGGAAAUUGUUGGCGCUGAGUUUAAUCCACACCAGUGUGAGCUGGUCGCGACGUGCAGUAUGGACAAUACGGCCCGCGUGUUUCACUCCGAAACGGGCCAAGAGGUACAUCUGUUUGCGGAUCAUUCGGCGGAAGUUAUAUCGGCACGGUUCAAUAAGGAAGGAACGCUACUGCUUACGGCAUCGUUCGAUGAAACUGCCACCGUUUGGGAUAUGCGAGCGAAGGAACACGCCAUCGUUAUCCGAGGCCACGAAGCGGAACUCAGUAACGCCGUGUGGAACUUCCAGUGCAAUCUAAUCGCGACCAGUUCCCUCGAUCGCACUGCCAAGAUAUGGGAUCUACGGCGGCUGGACGAUGCACAAGCAACGGCUAACCACAAGGAUGAGGUACUGGAUGUGGCGUUCAACUGUACCGGCACACGGCUUGCCACCGGUAGUGCGGACUGUACCGCCAAAGUGUGGGACGUGACGGGGAACUUCGAGCUGGUCACCAUAAUGGCGGGCCAUACGGACGAAGUGUCUAAGGUAACGUUCAGUCCACCGGGAGGAUUGCUGCUGACGGCAUCGGCCGACAAGACGGCCCGCAUUUGGAACUCGGGCACGGGCACCUGCACACAAACCCUUUCCGGGCACGAUGGGGAAGUGUUUUCCUGCUCGUUCAACUAUUCCGGCGAUGCCAUCAUUACCGCGUCGAAGGACAACACGUGUAAGAUAUGGAGAUGAUACGACUGGUUCUCCGGGCAGGCCUUUAAAGUAUGUAACUGUAUGAACGUUAUUUCCAAUUUCAAACAUCUCAAACUCUAGCCUCGCCUUU